CCGCCCUCCACUCUUCUCCCUCGCAACCGACUCUCCCUUCAAACGGGAAACAAGAUGGCGGCGGCAGGUCCGAGUACUCGGGCCUCUUCCGCGGCGGCAACGGCCGCUCUGAGUCGGCGGGGACGACGGGGCCGCUGUGACGAGAUGGCGGCAGCUAAGACUGGGGCCCCGGACCCGACUUCUGGACCUUCGUUGUUGGUGUUGUCGCCGCCGUUGCUGCAGCCGCCACCGCCGCCGCUGCCGCGUCGGGAGGAGUCGGGCUGCGCCGGGUGCCUGGAGCCCCCGGGGGAAGCGGCGGCCCUGCCGUGCGGCCACUCACUGUGCCGAGGCUGCGCCCAACGUGCCGCCGACGCGGCGGGGCCGGGUUGCCCGCGCUGUCGCGCCCGUGGCCCAGGCUGGGCCCGCCGUCGGGCCCGCGACGACGGCCAGGCCGACGCGGAGGUGCUGGGCGAGCGCGCCCGUCGCGGCCAAGCUGAGCGCUGCCGCCCGCGCCGGGACGGGUGCGCGGCUGCCGCGGGGCCCAGGCCAGAGCAGGAGCCGCGUGCCGCGCCUGCCGAGCCAGACUUUAUAUUCAGAGCACCAAUCAAAUUAAGCAAGACUGGGGAACUUCGUGAGGAAUAUGAAAGCUUGAGAAAGUUCAGAGAAGAAAAGUUACAAGAGGAAAAACCCUCUGAAGAUCAAAUCCACAAGCUGUUACCAGAAGAUACAGAAACAAGGAGAAGGAAAAUGGAUGAACAGAAAAAAAGAGAUGAGCCAUUAGUACUGAAAACAAAUCUGGAACGUUGUCCUGCACGUCUCUCAGAUUCAGAGAAUGAAGAACCUUCUCGAGGCCAGAUGACACAGACACAUCGCUCAGCAUUUGUUUCCAAGAACAACUCCUACUCCCUAGCUUUCCUGGCAGGGAAGCUAAACUCCAAGGUGGAAAGGAGUCAGAGCUGUAGUGACACAGCCCAGGAAAGAGCGAAGAGCAGACUUAGAGUAGCUCCAGCCAACAAAGCCAAGGUCACAACUAUUACUCCAGCCUCCAACCCCAUCAUUGGUGUCCUCUUGUCAACUCAAAACAACCGUUGCCUCUCAGCCCCUGACUUAACCAUUGAAAAGCGUCUGCCUUUCAGCUCCCUUUCCUCCUUGGCUUCCCUGCAUAAGCCAGAGCGUUCUGUCAGCCCUGAGAGCAAUGAUAGCAUCUCCGAAGAACUAAACCAUUUCAAGCCCAUUGUCUGUUCACCAUGUACCCCUCCCAAGAGACUCCCUGAUGGCCGUGUGCUAAGUCCCCUCAUUAUCAAAUCAACGCCACGUAACCUAAACAGAAGCCUGCAGAAGCAGACUUCUUAUGAGGCCAGUCCACGGAUCCUCAAAAAGUGGGAACAGAUCUUUCAGGAGCGGCAGAUCAAAAAGACCCUUUCAAAAGCCACUCUUACCUCCCUGGCUCCUGAAAUGGGAGAAGACUUACUAGGCUCUGAAGGGAUCCAUUCUAGCAAGGAGAAGCCACUCCUGGCUGUAAAUACAAGAUUGUCCAGUGGGCAGGUCCUCUCUGAGUAUACUGGACCCACCUCUGCUGAUCUUGAUUAUUUCCCCUCUGUUAGCCAAACAAAAGCAGAACAGGACAAUGAUAAUAAAAGUAGCACUGAGAUCCCACUGGAAACCUGCUGUUCCUCAGAACUCAAAGGGGGAAGCAGCGGGACUUCUUUGGAAAGGGAGCAGUUUGAGGGGUCAGGGUCAAUUCCAGAUGCCAAGUUAGACAAAACCUGUAUAAGCAGAGCCAUGAAAAUCUCCGCAGUUAAUUCAGUGCUACCCCAAAACAGUGUUCUGGGUGGAGUUCUCAAAACAAAGAAACAAUUAAAGACAUUAAAUCAUUUUGAUCUGGCUAAUGGUGUUCUAGUCGACAGCCUAGUUGAAGAGCCACUUCCUUCUUUGCGUCGAGGCCGGAAAAGACACUGCAAGACCAAGCACUUGGAACAAAAUGGCUCCCUUAAAAAACUGCGACAAGCCAGUGGUGAGGUGGGUCUGGCCCCAACAGACCCAGUCCUGCAAGAGAUGGAGCAGAAACUUCAGCAAGAGGAAGAAGACCGACAGUUGGCUCUGCAGUUGCAGCGCAUGUUUGACAAUGAGAGGCGGACUGUGAGCCGGCGAAAAGGAAGUGUGGAUCAGUAUCUCCUAAGGUCCAGCAACAUGGCCGGGGCCAAGUAGCACCCAGUGAACAGUGUUACCUAUUUUUAAAAGGUCUUCAGCCUUGAUCAUUAUCCUGAAGUGCUGAAUGUUGCUCACUUUGGUUUUAUUUUAAUGGCAAAACACUGUCUAAUAUGGUUCUGAGAGGUUCUAGGGCCUUUGUAGUCAAUAUUCAAGGGAACUGCAUCUCUGCGACCCAGGCCAGGAGCCUGAGUGACCACCCCUAAGGGCUUCUGGGCCAAACUUGGCAGCACCCACUUGGAAUGAGAUUUGGAAAGGCCUCAUUCAGGAGCAUAAUGGCAACAGGUGGAAAUGGUAAAGAGGGGAUACCUUCUGAAACUGAUAGACCUCCUGACCUCUUUCAGCAGGGUAUUGUUUUAAAUCAGCCUUGCAGAUAAAAAUUAAUUCCAUCUUUUUCAAAGAUGUGAACAAUUUAGUUCCUUGGCAGAUCCAAAAUGAUAGAUGGUUAUGUUCCUCUUUCUCCCAGCCCUUGCCAAAAGUAAAUACCUCUCUGUAUCGGGCUUGUGCCUUUACAAAAGUUAAUUUACAUUCUCUGUUUAAAAACUGACAUUUGAUGAAUGCUAUAUAGUUGAAAGAGCACAUUUACAGACAUCAUUUAAUUUGGUCUUUUCAAGAGACCUAUCAUGUAACUGGUAUCAGCCCCAUUUUUAGAUGGUGAAACUGCAAUGCAGAUGUUCCAGUUCUCAGCUACUGAGUGGCAUAACCCAUGGAUUUUCUACAGGUUUUCCAAAUAGACCACAACCUAAGGGCAUGCCAGGGGAACCUAGGGGACACUAGGCUGGACAUUGAACACUGAUAAUGCAAAAUCCACGUGCAAACAAGAUUGACAGGAUGGAUAAACAUGUACUAUGCAUUAUCGCCAUCCCCACAGUUGACAGCCUUCUGUUUUUCUGGGGGUUUCAGCCUAUGAGACAAACUAUAAUCAGGCUUCAUUAUUACUUUUCACAUGGCCAAGGAUUAUCUGCAAUGUUGAUCUAAAAUCCAAACUAUUCACCCUGAAGUUGGGCAAAGAAUCAUACUUAAACUCUAAUACUAUGGAAACAAGGUAUCUAGCUGGAUGCAGCUGGUAAAUUCAGUCCCAUGGACCUUUGGGGGUUUAUUUUCCUUAGCAGCUGACACCAUGUGUCUUUUGCAUUCCUGGUGGUGCUUGGUGCUUCUGCCCAUCUGGGCUCAUUGAGAAUAGGGAUCAAGAUAUGACUUUAGCGAAUUUCAGAUGGGCUGGCAUUCCCUAUAUAUGUAUAAGCUGUUACUAUAAAGUCAUGUGGCAGGCAUUUUAACAAACCUUCCAGGGUUUAUAUAUUCCAGUGUAUGGUGUCCCUCUUGAGUAGCCUCCCAGCAGGAUACUGCUUAGUUUUUCCAAUGCCACUGUCAUUGGGGAAAGCAUUUCUGGAACUGUCCUUAAAGACUAGAAACAUCUAGAAACAUUGACUCCCAAAAUGCAAGAACUGGAAGGGACCUUAAUGGUUAUCUGUUCCAGCCUCCUUCCAAGGUCCUCCUCAGCUUCUAGAUCUAGAAGCCAAAGUCCAGCACAGUGACUCACUGAUCAAGGCAGAUGGUAUAACUCCUUUUAGUCCUCUCAGAUUUGCCUUCUCAGGGCAGAUCUUCAGUGUUAUUUUUGCUUACGAGAGGAUUUUAAAUCUGAGACUAGCCAGCAGUUAUUUGAAGCCUCUGGAAAAGAAGGUGGCUUAUCAAUUGGGUUUGCAGUAAUAAAUGGGGUGCUGCUGUAAAGAAGUCAGAGCCAUUUUCUUGUGCAGCGCAUAAUUCCCAAACAGUUCCCAAAGAGAGGUUCCAGAGAUGUCUUAAGUAUUGUGGUCAUCACUGAGAUAGGUAGAAUCUCUUUGGUGACUACUGGUGGGGAACAUCACUCACCUGAAUGUAUGUAUUCUGUGCUCUGUGUGUGCGUGCACAUGUGCAGAUGUAUGUUUUAAAAACAUAUAUCAAUCUCAUUACUUUAUGGUCACACUACUUCAGUUCUAGGCCCUACCAACAAUUAUGUCCUCCAAGGGGCUGCUGGAGGGCGUGGUAUUGCCCAAAACUGAAGAGCUGGCUCUGGUUUACAGAAGACAGGGAGGGUGACCUUAGUAUAAAUGCCCUUAGAGGAAACUUAUCAGUUACUGCCAUUUCCUGCAAUUCCUUUUUGAUCUUAGUAAAUAUUAUUGGAAGGCUAGUCUUGUUGGUAGGCGCAAAGACACUUAUUUUUCCACUUGCCAUCUUUUUCUAUAUCUCCAGUAAUUGGAAAAACACUUCUCUGUUGGAAUUGAUUUUUGUCUUUGGUAGAAAGAAAUAUUUUUAAUAGAUAAAAGAUAUAUAUUUUAAAUAUUUCCCCAAAUUCUUUUCAUUUUAAGAAUUGCAUAGCAGUUGCAACAAGUGCAGAGUGAACAAAUUCUUGUUAAGCAAAUAUUCCAAAUACUAGGUUCAGCUUACUGCCUUUCCCCCUUGUACCUACUGUGAUGCCUAAGAUGGUAUUGACAGUUGUUUUUCUAAACUUCUGCUGAGCAACAGUCCUUCAAAUAUAGGUAGAGUGGUCUAGGUUAAGGAGGGAGGAGAUUUGAUCUUUAGUCAGCUUGACUUUGGAGGAAGGAAAAACCACUAAGGUAUUAUCUGUAUUUUAACAUGCUUCCCAUCCUUAAUAACUAAAACCUGAAUGCUUUUUCUUUCUGAAAAGUCCCCCUCCUUCCAUGGUUCUGAAGUUGGUUACAAGUCAAGUUGUUGAGAUGGAUUUUUUUGGAGGAAGAGAAAAGGACGAGGAAGGAAAUAGAUGGGGAGGGUUUGUGAGUUAGAAUAAGAGAUGCACAAUUUCACAAAACAAAUUCCCCACAAAUCAUUGACAUCCAGUUCACCAUACAAAUUACCCAUGUCUUGCUAACUCUGUUCCUUGUAUAUAUGCAGUCUAUGGGAUUUUUCCUUAUUAAAGGGGAAGUUACGAGAGGUGGGAGGGUGAAGGUCAAUCUGAGGGGAAAUCCAAGAAAUGUGCCCUCAAGAGGGGCUGUCAGCUCUUUUCCAUAGAGAGGGAAAGAUACUUUGAGAAAAUGUUCUUGACCUGUUGAUUGUAUCUGCUGGAAGAAGUCAUCUGGGGGUGUUGGGUUGGCGUAAAAUCAGGGGAUUAUGCAUCCAGCCUCUGGCCCCUUUUAUAUAAUUACCUCUUUUUAAAAAAGGUUCAGUCUUCUUGGGCGAGGCUUGCUAGGGAAACUCCUAAGUGGCUUCACUUAUUUUUUAAACUUUUAAUUUAAUUUUUACAUUUUUGCUUGAAAGCAGCACUGGUAAUAAAUGUUUUGUUUUUGUUCAUUUUCCCUAAAGGAAAAAUGCCCUUAAGAGAUUAAAGCUGCUUAAUUACUGUCUGGUUACAAACUGGGCAACUGACUAAAAUGGGAAGCUGUCACUGUGCCUGACUCCUGCAGCUGAUGACUCAAAGCUGUUCAUCUUUUCUUUUCUAUUUGACAAACAUUUCCUGAGCUUCAAAUGUGUGCUAACCCUGAGCUGGAUUGUGGAGAUAAAGCAGUUCCCACUCCCACUCUUGAGGAGCUCAACGUCAAAUGGAAUGCAUUUGAAUGUAUGUGUCGCUGGAGAGUUUAUGGUUUUAGGAAAGCCAUCUCUGGUCUCAUUUAGGAUACUGAAAGGCACCCAGCAUGCUGCAUUCUACAUUUUAGAGACCCCCCCCAUCAGUAUUUGUGAAUUUGAUUGCACCACUGCUUUUCUUUUACUAAGUAAUGUGAUGGAAGGAGAAUGAAUUUUCUCUAGUGAUCACAUUAACUUCGCUUCAAAAACUGCUUUCAGCUUUCCUCCAAGAAGUGAGGUGGAUUGUGGAUCACUGACAUGGUCAGAGGAGGUUCACAUCUCAAUUUAGUAACCUCCUAAUCCCUCCCCCAACCUGAUCUCUUAGAGCUGGCAGCAACUUGGGAUUCCUUUCCUUUUUCCUGCCUAGCUUCUCAUUGAAAUGUCUAGUAGAAGAGCACAGAAAGAGACGAAUCAAAGGCUGGAUCACAAUCAUAGAAUGUGUAGCUGGAAUGGGCAUGGAAAUCAUCCAAGUUAAACAGCUUCUUCCCCAACCCCCUUUUUUAGCCAAACAAGGAACUUGCAAUCCAGUACCCUAUUUUAUAGUGUAGUUUUCCAGGGUCUGAAUAAAUAGUCAUUAAAGUUUGAUACACACAGAUGCACACACCAAUGAUGGGGAUACCCCGAAAUGAUUUAGGAGGCUAUUUUAAUAGCUUUUUUUUCCCUGUUUUUUUUCAGUUAAGAGUUAAAUGUACCUAUAUCCCCUGAAUACAUGCUCAGGUAGAGAGUCUCUGUAGUAUAAGUAAGUAAUAAGAAUGUGGAAUCUUGGAAAGUGAUAUAUUUUGAUUGGAAUAAUUUUAAGUGUUAAAAGUCACCUAGCCAAAUUUUCUUUAAAAAUUGGAAACUCAUUAGGGUCUUAAAUUUUUCUCGGCCAGCCUUAUCCUCAUCAGCUCAUAGAGUGGUCUUUUGAAUUGGUCUAUAAACAUAGUUGGUUGUGAAUUCUCAAAGAGAAAGCAGGUCUAGGGUGGGGUGGAAGGUGCAGAUUAUAGGGAAAGUGCUAAAUAGAUUUUCUUCUGAAGAUCCAGGAAAUACAUCUUUAUACAUGAUUGUUAACCUGCUACAGCUUUCUGAAGAUCGUAGAAAAGAUACCUAAGAUAUUUGCAAGGGUCACCAGUUUAUAGACAGAUUGGACGAAGGAAAAAGUGCCAAUGUGCAGGUUAUUCUAUGUAUUAUCAGUAUUUUUUUCUUCCUAAGAAAAAAAUUUGCUCUUCUCCUUUAUGAGUAAAUUCCUUUUUAAUGCCUUGUGAAUAAGGUGGCAACUUUUUACAACCUCUCUAACUCUGAGCAGACUGGCUCACUUUCUGGUGUCUUAAAUCAAGAACUAGUAUGAAGCCAAGGCAAAGCAAAGUUUGUUCAUCUUCCUUUCCUAUCAAUCAUUUACUAUAAGGUAAAACAGGCAAUGAACUCAUUCUUCAAAAACAAGAUUUCAAGAGUAGCUAUUGGCCCUGGUUCCAGAUUAAUACGGCAGCAGGCAGAUUUCCCCUUAUUGGGACCACCACCCUCCAAAGCUGUGCCACCAGAGAGAGCAGGGGUUCUUUCUUCCUCAUUUUACCAACGCUGAGCCUCCAGCAGAGUGCUUAACGUCCUAGUGAGAGAAUAGAUACUAUGCAAGGGAAAAAUUAUUUUAAAUGCCAACCAAUGGUGGUUUUUUCUUUUUAGCCUGAUAGACUGUUAACUCUCAACUCUUUGUACAAAUAUAGUUGUCCUAAGGGCCUUGUCACCUCCUACCUAGAAAACAGGUUGUAUAUUGGUUUUAUUCAACCUGCUGUCUGCUUUAGAAUUGGAGAAGGUACCUGGAUCCCUAUGGACUGCCACUGCUGGCUGCCUCCUCUCCAACUUAAAAGAAGAGCGUUUUGACAAAGAGGACUUUGAGCAGGACAUGCCCUGUUGGGGAUGCUUUUGCCAGCAGUGACGUGGCAUGGAAUCAAGUGGGAUGAUGUGUUUUAUUUAAACAGUACCAAAGUGCAUUCUUCUAUGUAUGUUUGCCUGCUUGAGGCAAGGCCCAAGUUGAGAAUACAGUAAAGGAAACUCAUGAAAGUGAA